GCGGUCCUCCCUCCUCCGUCUCCCCGAAGCUGCCCCGCGAGCCCUCCCGGGGACUGAUGGGCUGGACCUGCCGGGGAGGCUACGGCUGCCGCGUGGACAGGACUGAAGUCCGCGGGGGCUGUCCCUCAGGGGUAGCUCCGCGCCCCCAAGGUUUCGCCUGCUAGCUCGGGGGCGCACGAUCUGUCCUCGUAGUGAGAAGAAGGCACUGAGAAUGGAUUACUGCAGCCAGACCACUCUUGUCCCAUGUGGACAAGAUAAAUACAUUUCCAAAAAUGAACUGCUGGUACAUCUGAAGACCUACAAUUUAUAUUAUGAGGGUCAGAACCUGCAGCUACGACACCGAGAGGAAGAAGAUGAGUUCAUCGUGGAGGGAUUAUUGAACAUCUUCUGGGGCCUGCGCCGGCCUAUCCGUUUGCAGAUGCAGGAUGACAAUGAACGGAUCAGGCCCCCUCCCUCUUCUUCCUCUUGGCACUCUGGCUGCAACCUGGGAGCCCAUGGGUCCAUAAUGAAGCCUGUGGCCAUCCCAGAUAUCCAGAUAACAGACACAGAUGCAGCCCCUGGAAGUGACAGGCGGCUUAGCCCAACAGGGACCAGAGACCUGAAGCCCCUACAGGAAGACACCCCUCAGCUGAUGAGGACACACAGUGACGUUGGGGUUCGGCGCCGUGGCAAUGUGCGCACCCCUAGUGACCAGCGGCGCAUCAAGCGGCACCGUUUCUCCAUCAAUGGCCACUUCUACAACCAUAAGACAUCCGUGUUCACCCCAGCCUAUGGCUCCAUCACCAAUGUCAGAAUCAACAGCACCAUGACAACGCCUCAGGUCCUCAAGCUCCUUCUCAAUAAAUUUAAGAUUGAGAAUUCUGCUGAGGAAUUUGCUUUAUAUAUUGUUCAUACCAGUGGAGAGAAACAGAAGCUAAAGGUCACAGAUUACCCCCUGAUUGCCAGAAUCCUCCAAGGCCCAUGUGAACAGGUCUCUAAAGUCUUCCUCAUGGAGAAGGACCAAGUGGAAGAGGUCACCUAUGAUGUAGCCCAGUACAUAAAAUUCGAAAUGCCAGUCCUGAAGAGUUUUAUUCAAAAACUCAAAGAGGAAGAAGACCGGGAAGUGAAGAAACUAAUGCGCAAAUACACGGUUCUCAGACUAAUGAUUGAACAGAGAUUAGAGGAGAUAGCGGAAAACCCAGCAACGAUCUAAACCAAGGGUGGGGACCUGAGACCUCCAGGCCCCAUGUGGCCUAGAGGCCCAAGGUUCCCCACCCCUGACUUCUAACCAGCUGAGUCACAGCCCUUCUGGAAACAGAUGAGUAGUCUUAAGCUUUUGUUUACAUGAAGAAGUACUGAGAUGGAGAAGGAUGGAGGCUUCCUGAAGGACCUCGGAAAACCCUUUCUUCAACCUGGAACUUUUUGAAUACAAAACCCCCAUCAAGUCACCCUCCUUUUCUUGGACCUGGAAGCAGACGCACCAGCAGACAACUCUUGGAUACUCUCAAUCAACUCUUUUCCCUCUCUGGGAGAGAAUCUUGAUUUGUGGUGUCUAGAGGACUCGAUCUUUGUGUAUGUUUGUGUGUACGUGUGUGCAUGUGCCUUUGUGUGAGAGGGCACUUACAUGUGUGUUUGGUGUAGGUGGCGGAGAAGGGAAGAAGAGAGAUGUAUGUAUGUGUUUUGGGGGUGGGUGGGAGUGGGGAAUUGUCUUUUUUGAAUAUUCAGAGUAUUUUCACAUGCAAUUUAAAAAUUCCAAACAACCAGCAACUGGGCCAUGAAUCUGGUAGAAAUGAUUGUUUCAGACCUGGAUCGCGUGUUCUUAUAGAUUGAGGCUGAAGUAAGGGCCAGGGCCUCAGGAUUAUUUAGGGCUCUUCAUUAGAGGAGGGGCUAGUUGUUCAGAGGCCCUGGUUCCUUCUGCUUUAAUUCUACAUGAUGCCACCAUUUGGGGAAUUAUAUUUUAGCCUUUAAAGAGGAUUUGGUCUCUUUAUUUUACUGAGGGUGAAACUGAGGCACACAGAACAGAAGGAAGUAUUGAAGGCCACACAGGUAGCAGUGUGUCAGGAUUCAAAUCCUGCCCUAAUGGCUUAACCCAUAUCUCUUUCCAUGACGUCACACUUUCCUCUCUAAUAUGGGAGUAGUCGAGGUCAGGAUCUCCAGUUAGACCUGACAGACAUGCAAAAAUUGGCUGAUGGACAAAUCCUUGCAGGAAUUCUUUUUUAAAAAAGUUUUUAAAUUUAAUUUUUUUAAAUUAAAAAAUGUAUUUCCUAUCUCUUCUACUCCCAUCUAAU